AUGGGAGACUUCAAGAUAUCUCUUGAGGAAACGCUACCAACACAUGGUGCCAUCACUGUCCUGGAAAAGUCUCCAGCAACACCUUUCACUCGUACUAAACACAAUAAAGCAUCAGACCCUGGCCUAUCCAAAUUCAAUAAAGACGAGGCAGAACACUCGGCUAUUGUCAGCAUACUCGGUGAAUUAUCCUCCAGAGCAGGGAAAGACGAUUUACAAAAGCCCGCAGGUAAGAAACUCAUACAUCUCCUCUCCACACAUACCAUCGCCAUGCGUCUCACCGAAGCCUCCCUCGCAGACACCCUCACCACACGCUCAAGCACUCCAGGCGAGCCCCUGUUCGUCGUGCCCACAGACCUCCAUCCAAACGCCACCUUCUAUGGCAAGCGAGCAGACUUCGACCGCCUCCACUCCACUCUAACCUCACCUUCCGAUGGGAUCCGCCCCAGAUCAGUGCUCAUCUGCGGUCCUCCCGGCUCAGGCAAGACAUACCUCGCCAGACAGUAUAUCUGGACGCACCGUGCCUCCUACCCGGGGGGUAUCUUCUGGGUCAACGCUGGCUCGCUGCAAUCCCUAACCAGCGGGUUAGACAAGGUUGCCCUGGCCCUCGCCAACACAGGUUCUAAUCAUACCGUGCCGAAAGAGGAGAACCUGCCAUCACAGACAGUGCACGACCACUUGUGCGCGCGGACUGGAUGGCUGCUCGUUUUCGACGGGCUCGAUCCGCCAGACAACGACAGGGCCAUCGACUACCUCAGCGGUGUCCUUCCAGCCAAUCGAGACGGGAGUAUCCUCUACACCUCGGUGGAUGAUUCCCUCGCGAGUAUGCGGCAGCUGCAUUGUCCAGAGAUUCUCCGCGUGUCGCCUCUGCCAGUCGAAGAGGCGUGUCGGCUGCUAUUCACCAAGCUCGGGAUCAGAAAGCCGCUUGAGAUGCAGGUGCGCAAGGCCACGCUCAUCGCCAUGCGCUAUGAAGGGCUUCCUCUGGCGAUCCAUGCGGUCUGCAACUAUCUCAGCCGGACGGCGAAACCGAUCGAGCGGUUCAGGAUCGACACUCGGUUGGCGGAUUCGAUGUUGACGGGCCCCUUUUUUAAAACGUUGGAUAAGCUCUACUCGGAAAGGCAGUUUGGGGUGUUGAACUUGGUCAAUAUUUUGUGUUUUUUUGAUGCCCCGAUGAAGGUCGACUUUCUGCGUGUUGGAGCGAGGGCUGUGGAAAAGUACGACAUACGCAUAUGUGACGGCGAGGAUUUGCAUGGGUCUUUCAAGACUAUGAUACGGUACGGACUGGUUCAAGACGCUUCAGGUGACACUCCUGAAUCCUCUGGAUCUGGAGAAUCGAGCCACACUGAGUUAUCAGACGAAGGCACACUCUCCGCCAUCAAGAUGCACGGAGUCGCUCGGUUCGUCUGUCGCGAUAGGCUACGGGCCACAGAGUAUGACAGCCGUGAAGAUCAGUACCAUGCAUGGCUCCUCGCUGCCUUUGAAAUCCUGUCUGCCUCGUACGAGGGAAUGCGAGCAGCCCUUUCGACAGCUGGGGAAGCUAGUACUGAAAGUGGCAUCGCAAGGUACACGAAAGAUUGCGGCGACUACCUCCUCCAUGUACAGAGCCUAGCGAAGCACUUCCCAAGAAAAGGGAGUGUGUCGACUGCCAUCUCCGAGGCUUUCGACCGGCUCAAGCGCAUGAACAAGAGCAUCCUAGACGAUCUGUCACGCUUGGGAGCCACACAAGGCGAUGCCAGCUCAAACACGUUCUCUGUCGAUAUCGAAUCCGAUCAGUCGCUACCCACACCAUCUCGCAGUCAGAAUGAAAGCCACUCGCAGGCUUCCGACGAUCUUCCCAGCGAUGCAGAAUGGGGGAUUGUCAAUCCGAGCCGUCUGAGAGAGGAGCGUCAGCAUCCCAGCAGAUGGAACGAGAUCCGAGACUGGGCGAAACAGACCGCUGUACGGACGAUGGAGACGCCCUUACUGACUCGAUUCGUACCGAAGAGUAGGCCAGUUGAAAGCCCCUACAGCCAUUCAGACGCACUCAAUGGCUACAUUAUCCGGAACAGAACGAGGAGCGACGACAGCCCCUUUCGAGCUGAGGGAUCUUCUCUCGUUCGGCCGUCCAUCCGGUCGAUGACACACCCUUCUGUGUUUUUGCCCGGGGAGUUGCCGUCAGUGGGAUACAGGAGGAGGACUGAGAGACAGUCUCCUGGGUCUACAUAUUUCGAUGGAGUUGGGCUGAAGGAUCUGGCUGGGUCACGGCCGGUAGAUGUACAGCAGAGUGACUCUUCGAAGGCGGAUUUAUGA